GAACACCGCAAAUAUGAGGCUCUCUUUUCACCUCCCAAAAGAUAACACUAAACAUUCAGUGACUCACUCCCUUCUACUCUCUCCCAGAUCUCUCAAACUCAAACCCACCAUUUCCAAUCUCUCUCUCUCUCUAACCCAACUCAAAAUCUCAACAAUGGCAAUCUCCUCAGCCUCAGCCUCCACUAAACUCAUAUACCCUCAAACUCAAUCCUCUUUAUCAUCAUCUAUUUCAACCACCACUUUCUUAUCCACCCGCACAACUUCCAAGCUUACCCAUCUUUCCUCCUCCUUCACUCCCCUCACCCUCCUCACCACCAGCACCACCACCACUCCCACGCGCCGCCGCCACUCCUUCACCGUCAAGGCGGCGCGUGGGAAGUUCGAGAGGAAGAAGCCCCACGUGAACAUCGGCACCAUCGGCCACGUCGACCACGGCAAGACCACUCUCACCGCCGCCCUCACCAUGGCCCUCGCCUCCAUGGGCGGCAGCGCCCCCAAGAAGUACGACGAGAUCGACGCCGCCCCCGAGGAGCGCGCCCGUGGCAUCACCAUCAACACCGCCACCGUUGAGUACGAGACGGAAAGCCGCCACUACGCCCACGUGGACUGCCCCGGCCACGCCGACUACGUCAAGAACAUGAUCACCGGCGCCGCCCAGAUGGACGGCGCCAUCCUAGUCGUCUCCGGCGCCGAUGGCCCCAUGCCCCAGACCAAGGAGCACAUCCUCCUCGCCAAGCAAGUGGGUGUUCCCAACAUGGUCGUUUUCCUCAACAAACAGGACCAGGUCGACGACGAGGAGCUUCUCCAGCUCGUCGAGCUCGAGGUUCGUGAGCUUCUCUCUUCCUACGAAUUCCCCGGCGAUGACGUUCCGAUCACCUCGGGCUCCGCUUUGUUGGCUCUCGAGGCGUUGAUGGCCAACCCCGCCAUUAAAAGAGGUGAGAACCAAUGGGUUGAUAAGAUUUACGAACUUAUGGAUUCUGUUGAUAGUUAUAUUCCAAUUCCGCAAAGGCAAACGGAUUUGCCCUUUUUGUUGGCUAUUGAGGAUGUUUUCUCCAUUACUGGUCGUGGGACUGUUGCCACUGGGAGGGUUGAGAGAGGGACAAUUAAGGUUGGAGAUACUGUUGAUAUUGUCGGUUUGAAGGAUACUAGGAACACUACCGUUACUGGGGUUGAGAUGUUCCAGAAGAUUCUGGACGACGCUAUGGCUGGGGAUAAUGUUGGUUUGUUGUUGAGAGGGGUUCAGAAGGCUGAUAUACAGAGAGGGAUGGUUUUGGCUAAGCCCGGGACUAUUACUCCUCAUACCAAGUUUGAAGCAAUUGUGUACGUUUUGAAGAAGGAGGAGGGCGGGCGGCAUUCUCCGUUCUUCGCGGGGUACAGACCUCAAUUCUACAUGAGGACGACGGAUGUCACCGGGAAGGUGAACACGAUUAUGAACGACAAGGAUGAGGAGUCGAAGAUGGUCAUGCCGGGAGACCGUGUGAAGAUGGUUGUUGAGCUCAUUGUGCCUGUGGCUUGUGAACAGGGAAUGAGGUUUGCUAUCAGAGAAGGAGGGAAGACGGUCGGAGCAGGCGUUAUUCAAAAAAUUAUUGAGUAAUGUUUAAGAGAGAAAAUUAAAAAAAUAAAUUAAAAAAAAGGAGCAAACUUUGAGUUGGUUAGCAAAUUUGUGAGAACAUUUUGAGUGAUGGGCUAAAAAAAAAAAGAUGUUGUGUUCUCAA